UUGAUUUUUUUAACUAAUACUACGAAAUUUUGAUAUUAUUGUACAAAUUGUACCAAGUGACGCCGUACACUAUAGAAAUACUAAGACCAGUAGGCAGUAUCACAGACCACAGUCAUAAUAUUCCUUAGUAACCACUAACCAUAAACCAACUUUUGUAGGAAGGUCGUCGUAGGGUAGGAAUCUCCGUCCGUAAUUUUCAUGUGUUACUACAAUAUAGAAAGAAUUUCAUAGUCUAAUACCACAUAGUCUACACUCUACAUGUAAUCUCUAAAAUGCUAUCACGAAAAUUGUUUUGUAAAGUUUUAAACAAGUAUGUUUGUAACCAAGAUGUUCAUAGCAUUAGCAAACGACUUGUGAGUACCAGCAUAAGUUUCUCACCGCAGACUUGCGUACUAGGCAUUGAAACUUCGUGUGACGAUACAGGAUGUGCUGUAGUCAAUGGCGACGGUAUUAUAUUAGGAGAAGCAAUUUGCUCACAAACUAAAUUGCAUGUGAAAUUUGGUGGCAUCAACCCAAUAAUUGCACGCGACCUACACAAAGACAACAUAGAUCGUCUCGUGAAUGAAGCAUUGGGAUGUGCCAACAAAGGAGUUGAUGAUAUAGAUGCCAUCGCAGUUACUGUAAAACCUGGGCUACUAGUCAGUUUAGAAGUAGGUGUUAAGUAUGCAAAGUAUUUAUCAAGAAAGUACAAUAAGCCAUUGAUACCAAUUCAUCACAUGGAAGCUCAUGCCCUCAUAGCUAGGAUGUUCCAUAAAAUUAAAUUUCCAUUUCUAUCCCUUUUGAUAUCAGGUGGACAUUGUUUACUUGUUGUUGUCAAGGACAUAGACGACUUUCUCUUACUGGGUACUACUGUUGACAAUUCCCCUGGAGAGGUGUUAGACAAGGUAGCGAGAAGAAUGAAAUUAAAGAACAUUGAGGAACUGUCAAAACUAUCUGGUGGUAGAGCUAUUGAGGAAGCGGCCAAAACCUCUUGUGGAACUCAUAUUUUUCAGUUUCCAGUUCCCCUAGUCAGGGAUCGAGAUUGCAACUUCAGUUUCAGUGGUCUCAAUGAAGCAUUCUUAAAACAUUUGGCUGUCAAGGAAUCAGAACACCAAAUAGCUGGAGAUGAAAUUAUUCCCGAAUAUGAGGAUCUGUGUGCAGCAUUUCAAACUGCAGUAACUGAACAUAUCCUGCAUCGGACCGAGCGUGCUAUUCUAUUUUGCCAAAAAAAUAACUUUUUAAAUGAUGGCUUCAACAUAGUAGUAUCAGGCGGUGUUGCCUGCAAUAAUUUUAUUUUUAAUAGUAUAGAAAAAUUGGGUAUAAAAUAUAAUUAUUCAGUAUAUAGGCCUCCACCUCAGUACUGUACAGAUAAUGGUGUUAUGAUAGCUUGGAAUGGAAUGGAAAAGAUUCGCAAUAAAUGCGAUAUUAAUUUACCUGUAGAGAUAGAUCCCAAUGCACCAUUAGGAGAAAGUAUCAUUAACGAUGUAAAGAAAGCUAACUUAAAAUGUAGAGUAAUAAGGGUAAAUAAAUUAUUAAGAUAGUUCAUUUUUAUGUUUAAUCAAUUUUGUUAUGUGUUACAAGAAAAUAAAUCAAUAUUAACUCAA